AUGAUCAAAGUAUCCUUGUACACCUUUUCCCUUCUGUGCCUCCCUCUCAUUGGUGCCCAGUAUGGAGGAAGAGCUUCUAGCGACACUACUACAGCCACUGCGAGCUCAACAGAGAGUGGUUCAGCUUCAAACACCACCCGAUCAGUUGACGUUGGUAAAAGUGGUUUUACCUUUGAUCCUGAUACCGUCCACGUCCCUGCGGGAGGCGUAGUCGAGUUCCAUUUCUAUCCAGGCGAUCACUCAAUUGCUCAGGCCGCAUUUAAUAACCCUUGUCAUCCUAUAAGUGAUACUGGCUUCUUCAGCGGAUUUAUGGCAUCUGCUGAUAACGGAAAGCCUGUCUGGUCAUUGACUGUUAAUGAUACAAAUUCGAUCUGGUUCUACUGCGGCCAAGUUGGACAUUGUCAAGCUGGCAUGGUUGGUGUGAUUAAUCCGUCUGGCUCAGAUGCGCUGGAUUCAUUCAAGUCAGCAGCUUCUAGUGCAAAUGGUCAGAGUGUACCAGCCACGGCCCAAGGUGGCAUUCUUGGUACGCCGAGCACUGGUCAGAUUACCACAACCUCUAGCAGUGAGACUGCCACAAGCGGUCCGCCAGCAACCAGCAGUAUGAAUACAACUAGCAGCACGUCUCCUGGUAGCGGGACACAGACCAGCACAGGUGGCUCCGGCCCUAGCACCACAAAUACGGCAAAUAAUCUACACGAUUUAAUUGGUCUCAAUGUCUUGGCCAUACUUACCUUGGUAAUGGUUAUGUUCCUUAUGUAG